AUGAGAAGGAAACCAAUUUUUAGAACAAGAAAAGUCAAUACUGCAAUGAGAUUUGUUAACAAGUCAAACACAGCUAAACAUGGAAAGAAAUAUUUCAAAUACUUAAGGUUGUUUUCGUGUAAUUUCCCAUAUAAUAAGGACAAGAGUCUAACUCAUAGAGGCAAUUGUACAAAGUACAAGCUUUGUAAUGAUGUAGAGGAAAACCCUGGUCCUGUUAUGCACCAUGUUAGCCCCAGUAAAACAAUAGUAGCACCAUAUAGUCAAGGGGAUGUUAUUGUAUUUGGGAAAAAUGCAGGACAACAAUGUGUUGCAAUGAGUUUGUGUGCUUUAAUAUACCACAAUAUGAAAGGAAUAAGUAACCCUGGUCACUUGAAACAGAUAAUGCAUAUUGGCAAUCAAAUAUACAGCAGUUUGUCAAAACUAUCAAGACAAUCAUUUUCACUGCUAACAGAAUUACCAACAAUGCUUAUAGUAUUGCAGGAAAAUUACCAGCUAGAAUACAGUACGAGUUACACUGAUAAUGUCCAUGGUGAGACUGCUAUUAAGGGAUAU